AUGGGAGAAGCUGCACGUGGAUAUUAUCCCUAUGACCCUGCACAAACCCCAACUCCAACACCUCGGAACCCUCAUCCUUUUAGCCAGCUACAAGCUGUGCAUAGCCCACUCCCCGCUCCAGUGCCCCAGCAUCCGCUCCAUUAUGGCCCUCCAGGGCUUCUCUCUCCUGCAUUCUACCCCACUGAAGGCACCGUGGCUCCUCAGUCUAUGAGAGCCGGAGCCCAGGGGCAAGCAGGGUACUUUGAGCAGAUCCCAGACCUGAACAAACCGUUUAGCACAGUUGCUAUGAGGGAGGAGAUGCCUAUUGGCAGUUUUGUGCAUACUCGUCAGGCACCUCGCUGGGGCGUUAUCAAGAUAUCAAAUAUUCCUUAUUCAGUUACCAAAAAUGAGAUCGCGCAGUUUGUAGGACGCCCAGCGCGCCUUAUCAAAGGAUGCCCGAUCCAUAUUAUCAUGGAGCGCUCGACCGCGAAAACUAUGGACUGUUUUGUUGAAACUGAAACUCAGGAAGCAGCCCAGAGAACAGUUGACCGAAUCAACAGCAUCUAUGAGACUGGCCGAGCACCCCGUCUUGGUCUUCGCCGUGUGGACGUGGAGUACAGUAACCAAGAUGCGCUCUUGAAAGAUCUCUUUCCAAGGGCCAAAUGCAUCGCCUGGGAAGAUGGUAUGCCCAGGGAGCUUCCAAACACCGAUCCGUACUCCACGGGCUUUUCUGGUUUUAUUACUAGUGAAGAGAUCGUGGGAGCUAUUCGUCAUGCUGAAAUCCCUCACCGUUCGCCUUUCAGUGUUAAGUGCCCUCAGCGCACCUAUGAGUCGACGAUCAGUACGCUUUACAAGUUUCCAUGGUACGCCACAAUGUUGUACACGGUCGAUGAUCGCAAUCAACUGUUUGACCUGACGAAGCGGCACUUGAUAUCUCUUGCAUCCCGUAUUGACAGAACUCAAACCAUGGGCCUGGACCAAAAUCUGCUGCGAGAUCUUCUCUAUGCAGGAUUUAAUUGUCCGGCCUUCAACGAACGUCAGAAAUAUACUCUGUGUGUGAAUUCUAACCUUGCACCAGAGAUCGCUAGGUUUCCAGAUAUCAGCAAGUGGUUUCCGUUCGACACUUUAGUGCAGCUGCCCGACUUUAACAAGGAUACAAUCUUGUAUUAUGCGAACUUGAUAUCCAGGGGAACGAUCCCCGAUCAUGGAAUCCCACACCUGACGAACACUUUCCCGCAGGAAAGGAAUGAUCUUCGCUCUCCGUACGGUCGUGUGUGGUUUGAGUGGCCCUCGAAUAUCACCAAAAAAGUGCUCUGGGAAAAGGCCGUUCGCACUGAAAUGCAAAUACUAGGCAAUCUUGUCCUUACUGGUUGGGUGACAAAGGAUAACGAAGCCAAAGCUAGACUGGCAGCUGCGGGACCCUCGUCUUCAACCAGACAUGACACUCGACGCACUCUCAGUGGUUCAGUUGCUGGCUCUGAAGAAAGCCUAGGUCUCCAAACAUCCUCCAGACUUGAGAUCUUCGCCACUCCAUCGCGCCGUGUGACUGAGGCUGGUCCAUCUCAUCGUCCAGAGCGGGAAGAGGCGGAUGAAACCCCUCGUCCAUUCAAUGACAGCGAUCAAAGCCCUUGGACCCGGAGGCUUCUCAUGUUCCCCCCAGGCACAGCAAGGGAAGGCUUUAAUUUUGGCCAUCGAAACACAAAGUCCUCUCCGGGUAAUCUCACACCUUCUGGUGUUUAG